AUGAUGCCACCUUCCAAAUUCCAUAUCAACUGGCCAAAUAUUGAAUUCAGGUUAGCAUAGAUGUUGCCCCAACCAAACUGGCCUUAACCAACCCUCGUCUUCUGCUACAUGUGAGGGAGAAGAUGUCACCAGCGGCACAAUGCGCCGUCUAAAUCUUGUCCUGCUCGCCAGCCUGCAGCUCUGCAGAGCUCGCCAGCCUCGUUUCAGCGUCCACGAUGACCUGCUAGCUUAUCCUCAGUUUGAGAUAGUCUUCCCAGAUUCAUACAUCUCCGAGUCCGACGCGCUGGCCCUCCUCCGAAGCGCUGGAGAUCCCCAUCCGACAUAUGCCGCCGAAUUCUCCUCGCCGUCCGAUCUCACGAGCAAGUUCGCCGCCGACCUCAGCCGCAGCGGAGGAGAUGCCGACGACGGCAGUUCGCAGGUCUCCGAGACAUACGAGUUCAUCAAUGCACCGCCGUCGCGGUACCUCUGCGCGAUUCCGGUCCUAGCGCCGCCGCCCGCCCCGAACCAGACGGCCAACGAGCUGGCAAGGGAAGAGGAGGAACGAGAGCUCAGUCGAGCAUCGGCCAAGGGCUGGGAGCUGAUGAGCGGUCUCGAUGGCCAAUGCCUCUACUUUGUAUCAGGCUGGUGGAGCUAUAGCUUCUGCUACGGCAAGGAGAUUGUACAGUUCCAUUCGCUGCCGGCCAGCGGCAAGAGCGGCGGGCCGCCGACGAGGGACCCAAAGAGCUCGGAAUACGUCCUGGGGAGGGCGCUUCACGACAGUCACCAGCUAGACCACACACGGUCGGACCACCAGCGGCACGCGAACGAACGGACAGGGCAGCAGCAACAUGACGCCCCGGGCGGCGGUGCCGACGCCAACACACCCUCGACCAUCCACCCCCCUCCCAACACGGAGCUCCUGGUCAAGGACAACCAGCGCUAUCUGGUGCAGCGGCUCGACGGCGGCACCCUGUGCGACCUGACGGGCCGCGAGCGCACCAUCGAGGUGCAGUACCACUGCGCGCCGCACCUCACCGGCGACCGCAUCGGCUGGAUCAAGGAGGUGACGGCCUGCGCGUACCUCAUGGUCGUCCAGACGCCGCGCCUGUGCAGCGACGCCGCCUUCCUGCCCCCCAAGGACGCCCGCGCCCACCCCAUCAGCUGCCGCGCCGUCCUCGGCACCGACGAGGAGGCCGAGCGCUGGCGCGCCGCCAAGAACAACGCCGAGGCCGCCGAGAUGAUGAUCGGCAGCGGCGCCAAGGACAACACGCCGCAGCCGCACAAGGCCGGCGGCGGCAAGGCCAAUAGCGGCAAGAUGAAGAGCAAGAGCCACCUGUACAGCCAGAGCCAGAACCAGCACGCCGGCGCGACCAUCGGCGGCGUCGUGGUGGGCGGGCGCCGGGUGCUCGGGACCGGGACCGACGGGAAGCCUGCGGCCCGUCUGCCUCCACCGCGGCGGUUCGCGUCGUGGGGCGGUGCGGGGGGGCCCCUGGUGGAGGUGCUGGCCAAGGCGAACAGCAAGGCCGAGGGCGGCGGGCUGGAGCUGCUGAGCGACGAGGAGCUGAAGAACCUGGACCUCAACCCCGAGACCGUCGAGGAGCUGCGCCGGGAGCUGCAGAAGAUGGCCGGCGACAGGGGGUGGAAGCUCGAGGUCGUCGAGGUGCCCGGCGAGAACCUCGAGUUCAGGGGCGUCGUGGAGGAAGAUGACGGGGACGACGACGACGACGACGACGGGGACGACGGGGCCGUGGCGGAGGGUUGGGCUGGGGGUGGUGGCGGGCGGGGACGAGAAGAGCGCCAUAACAAGGCGGGUAAGGGGGGUGGUGGUGGCGGUUACGAGGAGGAGGAUGAGGGUAGCGAGGAGAAGUUCUUCAGGGAAGAGCUGUGACGGGAUCGUCGUAAGUGGUUGGUGGGCAGUCUGGAGCCUCUUUAGAAUACAAGCAUGAUAUGAUAAUGGACGUGUUUUCCUGGCGUCUA